AUGUACAAUUCAGACACUGUUUACUCGACAACAACCUUCCGACCCAUUUCAGCUUCCCCUACAUUCGAACAACCAAUUAGGACAAGAAAAUUAGAAACACCCCUCCACUUCGAUGGAGGACUGUUUUCUGAUAUAAGAAGCACGGACGGCAAGUUACUGAGCAAAGUUACCGUCGACCGAGUGAGUAGCUCCACACGCCGCGACGUGAUCGAAACACCGCACGUCUUACACACAGAAGACGGUUUUGGAAACAGAGACUUCGUAGACGACAUCGUGAAAACUGAAAAAGUUACCAACGAAGAUAUCAUCAAAGUAAAAUUCACUCCCGUACGCCGAGAACUAGAUUCGUUACCAUCGUUACCAUCGUGGUCCAUAAGCAAUGGAUCGGAGUUCAAACCAACGUCUAGAGUUGAUUAUCUCAACAACGAUUACGAAGACUUGCAGAGCUACAAAAUCGUCAAUUCUCUGUGCAAACAAACGAUUUCGGAUCAUCUAGAGACAGAAACGGAUAAAGAAAUGUUGGUCGCGAACGUUCCUACGGACAGAGGACACAGUCCUUUAGCAAAUUUCGUUAUUUCUGAUCAUUUGAUUAAAAUAGAAAACUAUUUGCAGGAAAGUUUGGAUAUUUGUUCAGAAACUAAAAGUCUGGCUGAAGCCAGAUUAACACCUGAAAUAAUAUCAACGUCUUCGAAAUCAGAAAAAGAAUCUGUAAGAGAGGAAAUCGGUUUCGAGGAUCAUAAAGACCAAUAUAAGGCUUCAGCAUCCAACACUGAUACAAUAAGUCCUGUUAAAAGUUACCAAACAAAUGAUGUUAGUUAUUAUCAUGAUGAUAUAAAAGAUCAAACCGAAAAUCAUCACAAAAAGUCUAAACUAAACAGUGUCAAAACAACAAAACCGGGUAUAAUCACCGCUAUAUAUAAUAUGCCCAUGCACUAUCAUGCAGCCAUGAUAUGUUUUUUGUUGAUUGUAUAUAACCUGUUUCAUCAGUACAUUAAGCAAAACAUCGACGGAAAGAAUCGCUUUAUAAAUUAG